AAUGUCUAAACCCUCUGUUUCAGGGCCAUGACUGCUGUCCGUUUCAGUUCUCCUAUAAGGGCCCAGGCCGGCAGUCUGAAGUUUGUUAAGAAGCUGGACAUCCCCAAGCAGACCUCUAGGGGCAGCAUGUCCGCCAUGCAACACUUCCGCAAUCUGGAUAAGAAGGCUACUGACGAUGAGAGCAACGAGCUGGGCUGCCUGCACCAGAACAGCAUCACUCAGCUGUGUAUCGUGUCAGGAACUAAGGUCCACGUGGACAAGUACAGCAGUGUGGGUCUGGACGGAGCUAUGGUCCUCUGGGACUUCAAGCACUGAGUUCAUGGAGGAUGCUAGAGCCAUAGGCUGUGUGUUGCCAUCUGUGCGGUCAGCAUCACUCCAGCUGACCAGGGGACUCACCACUACCAGUUGUUAUUAACAUCUACUCUAAGCAGUUAGUCACACCAGGGUUGGGGUCAAUUCCAUUUCAAUUCAAGUCAAUUUGGAAAGUAAA